AAAAUUUUGCUCAAAUUUGACCAGCUAGAAACUUAGCAAUCAAUUUAGCAAUAUUUUUUUACUAAAAUUUUAGCAAACAAAAAAAAAGUUAGCCGCCGCAGUUUUUACUCAAAUUUCUAGCAAAAACCGGAGAAAAAGAUUUCCCGGAUCCGUAAUUUCAUGUUUCUUUAUUUUUUCUCUGGAGAAUCAGGGGAAUGUUUGAAUAUUGAAUGGAAAACACAAAUUUCAUUCACUUGAAAUUUAUUUUUCAUAUUUUUUAAUAUUUUUUCACACUUUUCGUAAAACGUAAGUUCCGAUCAUGGGAACGCACCUACUGGCGAGCGAAAUGCCAUUCCACCUUCGUCAAAGAAAGCACCGGGAUGUUUUCCGGAUGCAGCUUGUUGAAAUUCCAGUUGUCGGACUGUUGCGGGUUUCAUGCUGCAGUUUGAACCUGGAAGAAAAAAACAAACACACAAAUUAGAAAUUAAGAAGUUGGAGUAUCUAAAUACUUCAAGAUCGGACCUUACCUGUAAGCAUCCGGUGUCGAUUCAGCUACCAAUUAGUCGUGGAGUUGGCCACCACAAGAACCACCAGCAACGAACAUCCGGAACCGCACUUAAUCGCGACAGCUUUUUAUUUUUCUCCCAACUGGCUCGGCGGCUGGUGUCUGUGAACAAAGCGGCUGAAAAACCUUCGUUUUGCUAAAAUCAAGUAAAAUGACCUUUUUUAUUACUAAAAUCAGGUAAAUUUAGCUUUUUGCUAACUCAACAGUAAAAAAAUAUUUUUGCUAACGGAAAGUAACAGCGAAAUUUUGCUAAGUGGAGCCCCGAAAGUUUUGUGUGUACACACAAAAUUUCUGAGCCUCAACUUAGCAAAAAUAGUCGAUUACUUUCGAUUAGUAAUUGAGUUCGUUUUACUAAUACGAUAGCAAAAAGCGGAUUUUGCUUGAUUUUAGUAAAAACUAAUUUUAUUGGCCGCUUUCUUUUUUGGCGGCAGUCGUAUUUGCCGCCGCUAGAAAAACAACCAGUGUUCUCAAAAAAAUUCCGUCGGAGCCUUUGAUGAAGUGGACAACGAAAUGGUGACCGAUUCGACAAUGAAAGCAAGCAGGUAAGAAUAAAUCUGGAAGCAGACAGUUUUUACGGUUUUAGUUUGUAAAAUUAUUUAUUUUUUCUACCAGAUUGCAGCUGCCAGUAAGGAAAAACAACAAUGCCACAAAAUGUCCGAGACGAUUGUCAACUCCUGGCGGAACGGAACUUUCGCGGCCAAUAGGAAAAUCCGGAAAUCGACGUUAGAAUUUCACAUCUGGAGUAACCCGGUCCACCCACAGUAGAAAAGUUUUAAAAAUAGAAGUGACAAAGUGUUGUUAAGUGAUGGUUACAUUUAGAAAGAAUAAGAGCAAACGCACCAAUAAGUGAGUAUACGCGGCCCGGUUUUGCUCAUUUCAGCGGACCGGUUUUGGGAUACACACUCUUUCGCGCACCGGGCGGUAGCAUAAUUAUUUUUAAAUUUAGCAUUGCACUGAGAAAACUUUUGAAGAAAAUCUUAAUCUUAAAUUAAUACGGACCGAGUGAAUUUUCGGAGUCGUCCACCAAACGGCUCUUCUUAUGUUACAUGAUCAUUUUUGGUCAUAACAUACGAUGCUUCGAGUUUGUUUAUCUGAAAUUGAGUGAUAGAGUCCUGAACAAUAUAAAAUACAAAAUAAAUAACUCACCAUCAGAACCAGCAAUUGCACUUUUUCGUUCAAUUCCUUGAUAAACCCGAAAAAAUGUAACGAAAUUGCGAAUUCAACUGGUUAUUAAAAAAAAAUCCAUCCACAAUUUUAAUCUCAUACACAUUUUUUCUUAAAAUGAAUAUCAACAAACAUACACACGCUGCGACGUCGUUUGUUUAAUUCUGCUUAAAUCUUUAACUUCUUUUUCCAACCAACGUGCUGACUGAAAUAGUUGCUGUUCCGAAAAACUGGGUCCCAUUAGUUGCAAACUUAUUGAGAGACCUCGUUUCGAAAGCCGAAUUGGUAGGGACAGUAAUGGAAUGCCACCCAUACGCUUGGAUACAAAAAUCCUGCACAGCGCACUGGUCUCGAUUAUUAUUACUCCGAGAAAAAUCCUUGAAGCUUCACUCAAGGUUGUGAAAGUCAGUAAAAUGUUUACUACACGGGAUGCACAAUCAAAAUUUUCACAAAGCAAUCGUCGGACUUGAAGGGCUUUUCGGAAAUAUUUCAUGGAAUUAGUUUUUGCGAAAUAAAAAAAAAGUUUCCGCUUUCCGUUCGUUUGUUUAAUUCUGCUUAAAACGGUAGAAUUUUUUCAGUGCAUGUUUGAUCUCGCCCCUUUCUAGUGAGCAAAUUUGGUGAUUUUGUCGGUCCCGACGGCAACGGCCCUAUUUUGCUCACCUUCAUACUAACCCCCGGUGCGGUAUGGAAGUGAUUAAACUCGUGAGCAUUUUCACUUUGCUCGCGAUUGCUGCGGAUGCCCUAAAAAUAAAUUUAUGAAGGUGAAACAAUUUGUGUAUAUUAUUGGUAAUCUGAUACCCUCCCUGUGUUUCCGAGAAAAAAUAAUAAAUUUUGUAGGUUCAAAUUCUGCACGGUAUUUUUCACCAGUUUUUGCUAAAAUUUUAGUGAAAUAUUCCGGCGGCUUAUUUUUUCCCAUGUUUGCUAAAAUUCUAGCAGAAAAAUAUUGCUAAAUUAAUUGCUAAAUUUCUAGCUGGUCAAAUUUGAGCAAAAUUUUGCUAAAUUCCGGCCUCGGAAAUUUUGUGUGUACCGAUGCGACACUGGCGAAUCCUUGAGUUUCAAGUCCAUGUCAGCAACUGAGUAAUGCUGAAUCAAUCAACCAUGGCCCAAGAUCCGGGGCGAAGGAAUUUGGCCCCAACCGAAUCAGCCUACCAGUCGUGUGAAGCUUCUAUUCAAGAUUUUCGAAAGAGCUGGAACUUGAUACAGGUCGCACGAAAGCACCGAUCUGAUUUUGAUCCGCUGGCCUCACUUAAAUUUUUACUUCCCCAAUUUUUCAUAGGAAACUACUGCGGAACAAAACUUUAACCACUGACCACACUGACUUGACUCUUAGAACAAAAAUUCAACCAUUUUCUGUCUAAUUUUUUGUUGUCAGCUUUUGCAGGUUCGAAAUACCGACGGCAGGUGGCGAACCUGAAAAAUUUGACAAAAAAUGCCCUGUAGGAAAAAUGGUCCUGUUUAGCCCGAUUUUAUCGUAGAAAUUGCGUGUUUUAUUUUUAAAGUUGGGUGGCAUUUCCUAACUGGGAUAGCAUUUCUUCAAAUCGAUCGAUGCGCACUCUGGAAUCGACAUUGCGUACUGUUGGAAAAAUGAUUUUUUUUGUUUUUUUUUCUGGAAAAAUUAUCUAGAAAACGAAAUCGAGUGUCCAGUCAAUAUGGUCAGUGCUUUAACUCUGCACGAGUAUCAACCAACAAACGAAAACUGCAAAAAAAUGUUUCGCGGUAUUGAAAGCGACGGUUGAUGAAAGCGACAGAAAAAAAAUCUGUUGUUUUUUUUUUAUACAGGCGGAAAAGAGAAAGAAAAUUUGACAAGAGUUGGGCCUCCCGUGUUUCCGACGAACACUGUCCUGAAUUCACGCGGGAUACUAUGAGUCCCUGUGCUCUCGUAGAAAGUUUGUCUCAGAUUUCAGGAGAGAUGAAGCGUCCUGACUUUCGGAUGAGUUCCCAUUCGAACUUCGUUUGAAUUGAGUAGUUUUACUGUGAUAUGGAGAAUCAUGGUCCCGAGCAGAAUAAAUGCAAUCUUAGUGUGUACACACUUAAUCUUUUCUCCUGUGGUCGGAACGAUUUCGUCCUGUAUUUUCAACAGCUGAAAUUACAGGACGAUUUCAGGACAUUAAAACAGCUUAGGAAAACAGCUGUCAAACUCACCUGUAGGUUUUAAACAAAUUUCUCCUGAGAAUUACAGGUUGUUUUGAAAUACUUCUGAGCGUUCGAGACUGGUUCUUUCCGAAAUUUGUAGGAAAUUCUGAAAUUGGUUUCCUGGUUCCCCUUUUCAAAAUCUAUCAAAAAUUUUUAUUAUUGUAUUGCUUAGAAUAAAAAACUAAUUUUUCGAAAACAAACUAUUUAUUUUCUUAUAUUUUUGUCAAAGAACGCAUUGCAGUGUACUCAACACAUCACACGGAAUCACUCACACAGUUGAUGAAUAACCGGGUUGGAAUCAUGACUUAGGAUUCGUUCCUAUUCUAUUUGGCCAGGAGGUUAUCGUCACUGAAUAAAGAAACAAUUACAAUUACAAAACCGCUACUUCUGCCAGUUGUCUCAGAAUUAUUUAUAAGACCACGAAACAUCCCUUUGCGGAAGGUUGGUGUUAGGUUUGCGGAUCAAGUAAAUCCGGGUGCCUUCCAGGAUUUAUAAGAGCAUCAGUACCGUCCAUACUAGGUAAAUCAAAGUAUAGGGAACAUAAUAGUGCACGGAGAAGAAAAAAACAGGUGAUAUCAAGAGGUACGUACGCAGGUGUGAAAAUCAAUAACCCAUUUGAAGGUGAAACAUCGGUUUUUCUUUGUUCGACGAUUAGACAUCCGACACGCACUGUAGUUGCUUCCCAAGCAUUUCAUCGAAGGCAACCGGAACAAACCCGGCUAGCCCAGUAGCCUACCGGGAUCGUCGACCAUUGAUUCCCGACGGCCGUUAGCCAGACAGACCUGACCACGCCAAAACGUGGCCCCAUUCAUCUCCGGCCACCGGUGGAAGACACGCGGUCACAACGCACUUACGGUAACGGCGCGAUCUUCCAGCUGUCGACAUUCCAACACCCACCAAUAUCCCGACGGAAACACCCGGUCAAUGUCGGCUCAAUCAUUUGGGUCAGCAUAGAGAGCAGAAAGACGUGCCACAGCCACCUAACCAGACUCAUCCAUUCUGGCCGAGUCACCGUCAGCCGUUCAAAAAUAGUCUCGCAUGCAUGACUGUUAAUGCCCAUCGCGACCUGCAUAUCAGUUUUCACCGAUCGUAGGACAUCAAAACGACCAGUCACAGCGGACCAACGGGGAAACGACAUUGCCAAAAUCCCCACUAAAGUGAAGCAGACAGAGUGAGUACUCACACCUAAACGUAUUGUUGCUAUAGCGAUUUACUACUGUACAGUGUCACUUUCCGGCCCGCAGCAUUGCCGAUUUACGUUGCGCGAGCACGAGACAUUAGUCCGAUACGUUGCAAGAACGGACUGCUAAGCUUUUUCUGGACUGGCGAGCCGUACAAAGUAGCCUAAUUUCUUCCCGCUAACGGGAAUAUCAACUGAUCGGAUGAAAAGCCGGUAAACAACCGAUAACUACGAGAUACCAUGCACCUCCACUAAGCGCACUACCCGUAUAAUUCGUUUUUUAAAAGAGGAAAAAAAAAGUGGAACGAAUGAGUUAGGCCUAACACACUACACCAAUGUAAAACCACACAACACGUUUCAAGCAGAAUAAAUGGAUUUAUGUACAAUUUGAAAAUCGGCCAGAGUACUUGAUCCGAUGAUGCACUGAAAGACUUGGGGUAUUUGGAGCGGGGGUUGUACGUUGUUCGUUGUUCGCGUUUUAUUUGCUUUUCUGCGGAGAUUGGCCGCGAAACCAAUCACGUUCUUUUGUGUUUCCAGGGUAUAGGGGUAGGAGCUCGUCCAACGUAUCAGACCCCAGGCUCAUUUCGUAACGAACAACGGUUAACUCUCCUUUCAACGAACUUCUGCAGGGUUUCGUCUCGUCUUCGGGGCGGCUCGAAAGGGCCGAAGUACAGAUACAAUUUCAGAGACCCUUCCGCUUCUUUCCCAAAAUAGGGAAUCGAAAGGAACUCGCGACCGAGUCUCAUACAGCUGGGCAAAAUAAGAAAAGGCAGGUGGUCUUCCAUUCGGAAGUGGCGCUUAAGCCACCUGCUUAAGACAGGAAGCGUGUCGGGACUCCCGUUACAGGCGGGAAAAAACAUUCAAAUAAUUUCUCAAAAAGAAACAAUUAUUACACCCAAUGCUACCCAAACAUGUGUGAAAAUAAUCAUCAUUGGCUAAAAUUUUCUCACCGUGAACCCCAAACGUCUAAAUCGGUCUGUCGUAUAUUUUGAAAUCCUGUUCCAAAUUUGCAUGAAUUUGGAACAAAGGCGUAUAACUGUUGGGAAUUUUGAAAUCGAUAACUGUGCUAAAACAGCAAUUUACGCCACCGGUGCUGGACGGACUGUUUUAGCGUGGUCGAAAACCGUGUUUUGCAUCUACCGUUAGGACAGCCCUUAGACUUUACGUGAAAUUCAUGAGUCAGUUAUGUGGAAGUAAGGCCGAUGACAUAGUGAGUGCGAUGCGAUGCGAACCGGCGAAUGCGAUCCAAUGCGGCGAACCAUAUUGAUGAAAAUGUAUGUGAAUCGCUUAAACCUGACAUACUCAACGCGGCGAAGCAGAUGUCAAUUUGUUCCGCCGCUCGAGUUCGCAUUAGCCGCGUUCGAUAAUUCACAUCGCAUCGCUCUCACUAUGUCAUCGGCCUAAGGUACACGGAAAAAAAUUGAGUGGUCAUCCCAAAGACGCUGUCAUGAUAAUUUUACCAUUUCAGCGCUAUAGUAUUUUCAACCACCAAAAGUUUAACAUCGAUUUUGUGAAAGUGCGCAUGAAACAAUAUUGAAAUUACUAUGUACCUGGUAAUUUUCGAUAACUCUCAAUGUUUGUUGUCGAAAAUACUAUGGUCAUGAUAAUUUCAUCAUAAUUUCUAUCACAACUACCGUCCGCAUAGUAAUUUUGACAUUGUGGCACCAAUUCAUAUCAACAAAAUACUACGCACAUCGUACUUUUGAGAACAAAACAUAUUUGACUCAAAAACAUAAGUGCGUAUGAUAAUUUUACUAUGGUAAACAUUCUUGUUGUUUACACUAAUUCAGGAUCAUUAAUCAUCAAACCCGUUUGUAAAAAAUCUAAUUUUGAGCUGCUUUAUAGUUACAUAACUUUGAAAAUCAUUCCAGAGCAUCGGGAGAACACACUAACACUGACCGACGUGUGUCGGAAGUGUGAAUUUUCAUGUUUUAAAUAAUGUCAUAAUGCAUGCAUGCAAAUAAACAAACAAACACACAUAGUAAUUUUACUAUUUAAAUCAAGCUCCUCGCUCCUCCUAACCCGCAUAAACCAGGAUUGUAACCAAACGUUCUCUAAAACAGUCGUAACACGAUUUGAUAAAGCGUAGCCUGAACGUUUAGCAAACGAUUUUAGAAAUAGUUAAAUUCAUUACCUGAAUCGUGAAUACCGAAAUGAUGGUAUUUUAAAUAUGUCGUUAGGUUAUGUAACUGUUAAAAACCAUUAAAACAUUUAUAUGGAGGAACCGUUCUGCAAACAGUUGAGAUAACGUCUGGAAACCGCUCAUAGAAAACGUAUUCAGACAAUCAAACUGUUAUUGUAAUAGUUUUUAUUAAAGUAAUAUUAUACCUAAACAGUAACGAUAAUAGUUGUAAAACGAUUCAACAUGACGUUCUUCCAACGUUAUACAUACGAUAUCCAGAACCGUACAUGAAUGGCGACCCUCACCCACACUUGGAAGAAAUUUUUUUUUGGGGAUUUUCGGAUGUUUAUAUUUUAUCGAUUCAUUUUAAAACAUUAAAUAUAUUUAUUAAGCUUGUUUUACUUACAUAACGGUUACAAAUAAAACUGGUCGAUGUCCUGAAGUUUGGCAGAAGAUCCUCCCCCAGCCAUAGGGACAGCUCAAGGUUGCUCUCGUAGCUACAGGAUGCAGAAAAUCCACCGUGGCCCGGGUGAUGCGUGUGCGAGGAAACUGAAAAUAGUUUUUGUCAUUGGACAAUCAUUCGAUUUCAUGAAUAUUUCAGCUACUUUACUUACGAAAUUUCCUGAUUGUUUGAGCAGAGCGAGCUCACCGGAACAAUCCCAUUCUCCCGUCUGUUGGAGGCUGGCUCUAUUACGAUGAAAUUCAUCACGCUAUUUUUCGCCGUAUAGAUCGGUUAUACAGCUUUCGAUACAACUAUUAAAUUGUUUCUUGGAUCGGUUUGGGAACCCGCCGUACUAGCAGAACCGUAAACAAAAAUAAAUGCAGAUUCCAAUGUUUACAUUGAUAGAGUGUGGAUGUUCUUUUUUUUUAACGUGGAGAUUUUAUUAAAUUUUAAGAUUUUAAAUUGUUGUCGUGUCAAUAGUCAUUAAGGAAAACUGUGAUAUACAAUCUGUGAUAAAUUCACAAGUGAUAAAUCUGGUGACCGUAUUAAGAUGAGUGGCAAGGAUGCUGCUCCUGAUGGAGCAGCAUCAAUACAUAACCUGACGCAACCAUUGGGAACUGCUGAAUCAUCGGACAGGAUGGAGGACGAAAAUAUGGAAUUAGCGACAACAACCAAAGAAGGACCCGGAAAGACUACCGAAAAGAUUUAUAAAAAUUAUUAUUACCAGAACGGAGACUGUCGACCAUAUCGGGUAAUAGUGGAAAACACGGAUACAGAAAGAAGGAAAGUAACGAACAGGCUGCAAGUAGGUAUCUUACUUCAUCAAAACGGGUUCGAUAAAUCCAUCGACGACAUCCGAAAGACUGCGAAGAAUAAGGUAACAGUAUAUGUAGGAAAUAUCAAAGACGCAAACAGACUAGCUAACUGCCAAAAUCUGAACCUGCAAGGAUACAAAUCGUACAAUUUGUAACGGUGACAGGUGUAAUUUCCGGAAUUCCACUGGAAUUACAAGAAGAUGAAGUCAAGAGUUUUAUGAAGGCUAAGGUUGAAAUAGAUUCCGUAUUUAGAAUGCACCGAAUGAAAGAUAAGAAAAAGGAACCUACUUAUAAAAUGGGUGUAGUUUUUCGAAGCAACACUUUACCGACUGACGUCAGCAUAUAUUCUGUGAUACAUAGGGUACAACCUUACAUAAGAAAACCGAUUAUUUGUUUUAAAUGUUUGCGUUAUAACCACUUGUCCAAAAACUGUAAAGAAAAGAAAGAAAAAUGUAUGAAUUGUGCUACAGAACACUCACAAGAAAAUCUAUGUAAUAUUUUAAAGUGUAUGUACUGUUUUAAUGCUAAUCAUAAGACCACUGACAAAGUAUGUCCACGAUGGAAAAAGGAGAAUGACAUUCAAGCGAUAAUGGCAAAAAAAUGUUUAACAUAUCAAGAGGCGAAACAAUAUUUUGAAAUUCCAACUGAAAACUUUUUUGAUGUUUUAAGAACGACAGAAGAUUAUCCUACUCCAGCAGAAGCAUACUCUAAAGUAGCAGCAAAUGGCAAAAAUUUUCCUCAGCACUUACAACAAAAUCGCAAGGAGUGGAGCUAUGAUGACAAAAGAAAUAGAACAAGAAAAGAAAACAGAACACCAAACCAAUCACAUGUAGAUGUAGAAAUUGUACCUGGAGUUGCCAGUAUUUUGGGACUAAACCAGAAGGAAUUUACAAAGAAGAGAAAGAUGGAAGAAGAAAAAGAAGAGCCAAGAGGUAUAGGGUUGUUUAAUAAAUAUAGGGCAGGAGAGUUAGAAAGAUUUAAAAAAGAAAUAGAGGAAUCUGUUAAAAAACAAUCAUUCGAAGAAUGGAAACAAAUAAUAUCAUCAAUAAACAUAAAAUUAGAAGCUAUUGUAAAAUCGCACGGAAAAACAGGAGGAGACAUAUCAGCUUGUAUCAUGGGUGAGCUAAAUAAAAUGGUGGGAUCCCCGGGAGACAAAUAACUGUACCGGCGAUUUCAAAAUAUUACAAGCAAACAUCCAAAGUCUACACAGCUAAUUUUUUUUUGCUGGAAACCAGCAAAAUUUUGCUGGUUUUUGUCCCGCUGACUUUCCAGCAAAAUUUCCAGCAAUUUAAAUUGCUGGAAAAAACAGCAAACGUUAAUGCUGGUUUCCAGCAAUUCAAAUUGCUGAAAAAUCAGCAAUCCAGAUUACUGGAAACCAGCUAUUUCUUUCAACACAACCGGCUGUAUUUAGUAUCAAAUUUAUAUUUUAAUUCAAAAUUAAAUUUUGAUUACUGGCUGUGCAUAUAAUAAGCAAUAAAAACAAUUAUUUCUUCCCGUUUUUCAAUAGGGAUAUAUUUAUUUCCAGAAACACGAUAUUUUUUAAAAAUAUUCUAUAACACCGGCUGGGCUGGCAGCUUUGUGCCAAAGUGUUGAUCGCCACCUGUAAAAAUAGUUUUGAUAAGAAUAUUUUAGAGAAUAUCUAUCUGUCCAAGAAAAACUCACCCUUAACUUAUUAUCUGGUUGCUAGAAUAUAGAGGAAAUUAAAAUAAUUAUAUUAAUUUAACCAAAAUUCGUAAGAUAGAAUCUCACCUUGCUUCAGCGUACGAAAGAAAAACAAACUCCAUAAUUGACAACUCGAUUGCUGAUUUUCCAGCAAACUAGAUCAAUUGCUGGAAAGUCCAGCAAUUCGAAAACCGAUUGCUGAUUUUUCAGCAAAAAUGACAAGAACACAACUGAAUGCUGAAAAAUCCAGCAAAUCGAAAACCGAUUGCUGGUUUCCAGCAAAAAUUUGGAUUGCUGAACGUUUCCAGCAUUUUUUUUUGCUGGAAAUCGAGGCAAAAAUUUACAGUGUAUACAGGAAUAAAAACGAACUAACACACGAACUUUACACCCAAAACUACGACGCAGCACUACUUUCUGAAAUAUGGGUAAAACCAGAUCAACUUUUAACAGAACGAUGGAACAUACAGGGUUACCAUCGUCUUCUUGCUCCUCGUGCCGAUGGCUUUGGGGGCGUGGGAAUUUUCCUAAAGGAAGAAUUCCAGUUUGACCACAUUCAACUGUCAACAUCAGACAACUUUGAAACACUUGGGCUAUCAAUUUCAACGUUAGACCUUGCUUUAGUUGUUGUAUAUGUCAACCCAAGAAUAACAAUUACUAACUUAGAAACAGCAAUCACAACACUUUUCAAUGAAAUAGCUAGAUUCGGAAAAGUAUUGAUAGGAGGCGACUUCAACAGCCACAAUGUGUCAUGGGGAUGUCAAGACACAAACAGCAAGGGUACUACCUUUCCAUCAUGCCAUCAUCGGUUCAAACUUGAUGUUAUUAAACACUGGAUCAAUUACUUUUCUUCCCCCAGUCACUAACCAAAAUUCUAGUGCAAUUGAUUUGACAUUAUGCUCUACAAACAUGUUCGAUAUGGCUGAAUGGAAAGUUUUGGAGAAAAAUUUCGGCGGAAGCGGUCAUCUCAUUAUCGAAACUUGCCUCGAUAUGAGUGUCAGGCGUAAACAAAAAUAUUACUACGACAAGCGAAAAAUUUCAGAUGAAAUGGCACUUAUUAAACAUUGGGAAUUCAAUGACCUGAAAGACCUCUCCAAACUCUCACAGGACAUAACUAAAAAACACAAAAAAAAAUAAAUAAUUACACACCAAAAUACUACUGGAGCUCAGAGUUGUCUGAUCUCUAUGAACAAAAACAAAAUUCUCUUCGAGAAUACAACAGAUGCAGCAGUAGUGAAAACUUAAUCAAAUGGAAAAAAAACUUCAGCAAUAUUUCUUAAAUCUAAAAUAAAGCAUAUUAAAGAAAAAAUGAUAGAGCUCUCUGGGUCUAUAGAUCCAAGGAAUCCACGAGAAAACUGGAAACUUGUCAGAAGAUUAAAAUUCCUCCCCGUUACAAACCCUAUCAAUAACAACAUGGUCCAUCAAAUUUCAAAGAACCUCUUCCACCUGAUAAUAAUACAAGAACAACAAUACUUACCUUUCAACAAUGGAAAAAAUUCCUUAAGAAUAAAUCCCCAACAUCAUCACCAGGUACUGACUACAUAAACUACGGUGCAUUGAAAGAUUUAGAUUUAUUGCGGAAAUUGCACCUAUUUAGACUCCUGUGCAAUAAUUUCCACGCAGAAAUAUUUUCGCACUGACGCACACAUAGACAACCCGUGUCAGUUUUUCAAAUCAGCCGUUGAUCGCUUCUGAUUUUCGAAUCACAUUUCCAAACGGCAUAAUCGUUAUUGUUUUGGCGAAAAUUAUUAUGAAAUGCGAAUCAAGGAGUUUAAAAACGAAAAUUGACCGAUCAACAAAUGAAAAGAAACGAACAUAAAACAAAAUGCAUUCUGUACAUUCGGGUACAAGAAUGUAAAUGGAACAUAUAAAUCAUGCAUUAUUCGGGCGUUUUUCGAAUUACUGAUAAAUUAGCCAAAAAUCAUAGAUUCACUGAAAGUUUUUACUGGCACACCAGUCGCAAUUGUUUUUAGUUCAAUUUCAUCCAAAGAUGUAAAGAAUAUCGAUAUGUGUCAUUGUCUAUGUAUGUAGAUUUUACUGCGCGCAAAUUAUUUGCACGGGGGUCUUAAUAGGUGCAAUCUGCGCAGUUUGUUAAAGACGGCAACGGUGCGUAUGAAAGUUGAUUUUUGGUAGAAAUAAUUUGAAGUAACUGAACUCUGAUGUUGGUCCUUUUCUCAUAUACUCCCUUUUCAACUUUUAGCAUAUGAUAGUUUAUAUAAAGAAUGUAAUGGUGUUAGUGAGUGCAGAAUUGUUACCUGUCAAAUCAGAUUCUCUCAAUAGUCUAAAAAUUCAUGCAAUUGACAAUACAAUCAGCUACAAAAAUUAUUGAAUUACUAAACGAAAUGUGGCACAAAGGCAUAUUAGACAAUCAUCUAAAGGAAAUGAAGAUAGUUCCGAUUUUAAAAACAAACAAACCACCAAAUGAAGUUAAUUCAAGUCGACCGAUCGCGCUUUUGCCAACGGUAGUAAAAAUUUUAAAUGCAGCAGUUCUUGAAGAUAUACAACAAACGUGUGAAAGAAACAAUAUCAUACCAAAUCUAUCAUUCGGUUUUCGUAAGGGAAUGUCUACAGAGCAUUGUACACUGGAUUCUUUUUUUAAACGAUUGUUGUGUUCGUGCAAAAAAAGAAAUCGUUUAAAAAAAGUUCAAAACAACCGGGUAAAAUUCAUCGCUUAUUUCAAGCAGAGUGGCCAACUUGGACUGUAAAUCGAUCGUUUCCAACCAGGUAGACCAUUCUGAGGUAAUUUGAGUGAAAUCGGGAAGCUCAAAGAUUUGUUUUGGAUUGAUCUGUUUUGGGUUUUAAGCCACGGUUGGUCCGGAACUUCCGCAGAGUCUCUAAGUGGCAAUUCCGGCCCAUGUUGCUGUUGGAAAGCAACGUCCGAACAAAUUUACCACCCAAAAGUGGUUUGGCAAAAAGCGGGAAUGUCUAGAACCUGCUUUUGACAUGUUCGAAAAUCGUCUUAUUUCGAGAAAAUCGUUUAAAAAAAAUCGUUAAAAAUAAAACCGCGUAAAAUAAGAUCGUUUAAAAAAAGAAUUCAGUGUAUAACUUUUGCAACAAAUCUAAUCAAAGCAGCACGUAGAGCAAACUAUACAACGAUUGGAGUUUUCUUCGAUUUCUCUAAUGCGUUUAACACCGUGGACAUUGAAAAGUUAUACAGUUUAAUGCUAACGAAUGGAUUCAACAAAGAUACAUGUACAUGGGUAUAUAACUUCCUUAAUAACCGGAAAACUUUGGUCUUUACCCAACAAGGAAUUGUCAGUCAAAUGAUUUGUACAGGAGUUCCACAAGGAGAUGUAAUAUCACCUGUUCUUUUUAAUAUCUACACAGCCUCUUUACACAACACAAAUCUCGACCCAGAUGUAACAACUUUACAGUUUGCCGAUGAUUUUCUGAAAAUCGUCAAAGCAAAGUCACUAGAAUCAGCUGUAAGAAAAAUGCAAUCCGAAAUAGACAACUUCAUGGCCACAGCUACUGAGUUUACGUCUUAAUAGCUCAAAAACAAAAGCCAUGCUAUUUAAAGACAGUGAUAAACAACUCUGCUUGACGAUGGGAGGAGAAAUUUUAGAGACAGUCCCCCUUAUUCUGCGCCGCGCGUGAGGUGACGAUAGUCGAGUCGAGUCGGAGUCACGUGAGUCUUGUCACCUUAUUCCCGAAGCCGAUGUGACAGAGGUUCAUGCCCAGCUGACUUCUAGAUUAGGAUAAGAAAGCAAGAAGUUUAUUCUAAAAGACGUUUCUCACCUAAAGCGACUACUGGAAUCGGAUGACUAGGGUGAUUCGACUAUCGUCACCUCACGCGCGGCGCAGAAUAAGGGGGAGUAAGAAGCUAUAAAUAUUUGGGUAUAACAUUAGACCAAACGCUUAAAUACGGUAUGCACAUUAAAACACUAAAACAAAAAGUAUUGGACAAACAAAACAUGCUUAAAAUCAUAAGCGGAAUCAAAUACGGUGGUACGCCAAGAGUAAUGAUGCUAUAUCACAAAGCUUUAUACGGUAACUUUCUUAAUUACGGAACUGUUAUUUACGGUGGAUCGCCAAAAAAAUACUGUGAUAUGCUGAAAAUCACAAAUCGCCAAUGUUUACGUAUCGCUACAGGAUGUACCAAAACCACACCUGUGAACACUCUUGCAGCCAUAGCUGGUGAAGAACCACACGCUAGAAACUAUUAAACCAUAUAUGUUUCAAAAAUAACCAUUUUUGACCUUUUCCCGGGAAAUGUCAUUUUAUGAGUUCUUCAUGAGAACCCAUAAAAUGACUUUUCGGGGAGAAGUAGAUAUAUGGUUAUUUUUUAUCCGUUAGAAAGAUUACCGUAGAAAUUGAAAAAUGAUUAUUUUUCAACCGCAAGAGCUGUUUUAUGCAAUUUGUAAAAUUGAUAACAAAUGUCGAAGGAAUUAAGAAAAACAAGAGUCAUCAGGAUAGUAAUUUUAUUUCUUAUACAUCAUGAUAAUACUUAUAAACUAUGGUCCAUUAUAAUAGUUUGAUAGCCUUUUAAUUAAAGCAAACGCCAACAGUAGCCGAAUCACCUGGUAGCAAAAGUAAAAUUCCCCCACGAGUGCUACCGGGAUGGGUGGAAACGAGCUCUUGCGGAAUGGCCAAUCCAUUAUUCACUAGUCUGCUAUCCUUAACGGGGUGAGGGUGGAGUCUGGCGAAUAAUCUUUGACUCACUGGUGAAGGUUUCCAUACAUUCCGACCCGUUCCAGCUCCUUCCGGAUGGUGUGAAACACAAUUCCUGUUGUACUUCCAAUAGCUGUGGCUGGUAACGAUGGACCGGUGAGUAAGGCCGAUGACAUAGUGAGUGCGAUGCGAUGCGAUGCGGUGAAUGCGAUUCAAUGCGGUGAACCACAUUUGAUUGAAAUGUAUGUGAAUCGCUUAAACCUGACAUACUCAACAAGCAUGUGUCAAUUUGUUCCGCCGCGCGAGUUCGCGUAGGCUGCGUCCUUUAAUUUUCCGCCAAUUCGCAUCGCAUCGCACUCACUAUGUCAUCGGCCUAAGUCCUCGUCCUAUUGAAUGUUGUUGGUGUAUCUGCCGUGCCUAAACCGGCGUCAUCACCGGAUACCGAUCCUGAAAUUUUUUUUUGUUUAUAAUGUUGGGAUCGACAAAUAAUUGGAAGAUUUCACUUACCUUUCUCCAUCUCCUACAAAUCCGAAGUUUCCACGAUUUCCAGAACCGAUUUUUCUGGAAACUGGAUGCUGUUCCGCGGAAGAAAAAAAUUUGCUUUAUGGUCGUCCGACUGCAAUUACCGCUUUCAAAAUGGCGAUAUCAAAUUAUUCAACCAUUUUCUGGUUAAUACUCGGAAACUGCCAAAAUGGUUAAAAUUCUUUCUAGAAAAAUUGUUGCAAAAUAACCAUAUUGACGGUUCUGAAGUAAAUAUCAUAAAAUGGUUAUUUAAGAACCAUAAAUGGUUAUAACAAAAUGAGCGUGCAUUAAAAUUUAAACGGAUCUAUUUAACCAAAAAACGCAUAGCCUUACAUAUCCAUCGUAAUGACUUAAUAGCACAACAGCUAUACUCCUUAGACCUUACAAAUAUCCAAAAUGAAGUAAAAUACACAUUUAUGGAAAGAAUUUUCAUUAAAUAUGUUCAAGAAUUUCAAACUAUUUACACACAAACUAAACCGGAUAUCGAACUGAAAGUUGAAAUUCAAGACAAUAUGAUUGGUUCAACAAUGAGGAAAAAAGAAACUUCACCAACUGUAUUGAAAAAACUCGCCAUUGAAAUGAUAAAUAAUCAUUAUAGCCAUUGUGAUCAGUGGUAUACUGAUGCUUCCAAAAUGAUGAACAAAUGUGGCAUUGGAAUAUAUGACGCGUCUUCCAACACAAUGAUUAGUAUCUCCUUAGCAUAUGAAGUGAAUAUCGCAACAGCAGAACUCCUAGCUAUUAGAGUAGCUUUAGAACAAAUUGACGAAGCUAGAUCUGGAACAGUCAUCUUCACGGAUUCGCAGGCAGCCUGUAAAAUUAUAAAAAAGGAUAUUAUCAACAAACAAUUCGACCAAAUAACUCACGACAUAUGUACGCUUGCAACAACAAAGAAGGUCAAAAUUCAGUGGAUCCCCUCUCAUGUUGGCAUUGACGGAAACGAAAAUGCUGAUAUCCUCGCGAAACAAGGACUAGAUGGACCAGUAAUACUUCAAAACAAACUGCGACUUGAGGAUGCAUAUAAUAGAUUCAAACAAGAAGCCCUGGAAUCCACUAAUGUAUGGUAUAGAAGUAUGGCACAAGAUGAAGGAAAAGGAGUCAAAUUUUACGGGUUUCAGCCUAAUUUCUCCACUAAACCCUGGUAUUGGAACGUCGAAUUCAACAAUUUCCAAAUUCGAACUUUAAACCGUUUAAUCAGCGGACACGAUUACUCUCCUUAUUACUUGGGAUUAAUGAGGAUUCGAGACACAAAGCUAUGUGAAUUAUGUAACACGAAUUUCACAACAGAACACGCACUCCUAAACUGCAUUCAAUUUAAUCACAUUAGAAAUCAUUAUGAUUGGAAUCGAUAUUCCAAUCUGAUCGAAAUGAUUCAAAAUUUUGAUGAAGAUAAACUAAGAGAAAUCCUUAGUUUCCUAGAAAAAGCUCGAAUGAAAAUUUAAAAAGUCCAAGCAUCAAAGUUGAAUUGGAAUAAUAACAAUAAAAAAAAGAGAACAUCCCUAAACCAGGAAGCAAGAAUACAUCAAAAAAACCUUCGUAGUGGUGAUAUAGAGUAUCAAACUCUCUGCCAUUCUAUCAGAUCUAUACAUACAUACAUACAUACAAAAAUAAAUGCGCGAAAACUGCACCAACAACACCAGCAAAGAUUGCGCUCCACCAACCAAUGAUGCCAGUUCGGUUGAUCUUUUGAAUUUGUACUUAUCUCGUCAAAAUCGUCAUCGAUUUUUUUUUGUUAAUUUUUAACGUCAUCGUCAUCGAAUUAGAUAUUAUUUACAUGAAGCAAUGAAAUCGAGAAGGCUUGGUGACUUCGUUCUAAUAAGUUACAUCCAACGAAAGAGAUUCAAUCAAAACUCUUGCUUAAAUUAAAAAUCCAAGUGUAAUAAAUGUUCAAACUUAAGCCUUUCCAGAUGAAUAUCGAAAUUUCGUGACUAUAUUAUUGUCGUUGAAACUAAAACGACUCUAUCGUAUCGAAAUAUUAAAAAAAUAUAUAUUUCCAUAAAUGUGUACUUAUUUUUGUACAAAAUCAUCUGGCAUCUCUGACCGGGGUUUCGUUCAUUUUUGACAGCAGAGAUGAACGGUUUGUGUAACGGUUCGAAUUCGAUUUUACUUUUAAAGAAAAAUUUAAGGAAACCGUCCAUAUCAUUCUAUCACCUUUCCAGAUAACGUCACGUUUUCACGCGAACGUUCAUAUUUCGUUCUUAUUGUUUGCGAAGUAAAGUUUAGAAGAACAGCUACGUUUACAGAUACAAUCACUUUUUCUGAUGCCGUAGAUGUAUGGUUUAAACUGUUUGAGAUAUGGUUUUUUAGUAUGCGGGAAUCUUUAUCAUAACACAUACUAGUUUCAUCAUGAAACAUAUUAAUUUUACUAGGGACGAAGUAAAACAAUGCAUCAUCUCGCCUUAAACCAUGGUUCAAUAGAUUGAACUUGAGUCGGGAUUUUAUUCGUAUAUUUUCCCGUCUCAUGUCCAAUCAUUGUUCCUUAGACGCGGUACUCUAUCGUUUUGAUAUUGCUGGCAGCAAUCUAUGUGGUUGCGGCCAAGGUUACCAUGACAUCGAGCAUAUUGUUUGGUCGUGCGAGGUCCAUCUUGUCGCUAGAACGAAUUUAAUAGACUCCCUAAGGGCCCGAAGAAAACCACCAUGUUCCAGUGAGAGAUGUGCUGGCUGCAGGGAGAUGGCAUCCCUAUCCUUUGUCAUUGAAUUUGACAACCAUCAAAAUUACGGGCCCACGAUUUUGUGGGCCCAUAACAAACCUGACAUUUUGCUGUCAAGGACCCGAACUAAAUGUCAAAUGCUAGAGAAGUAUGGUUGAUAGCACACUAACACAUCAAUCAUUCUGAUUCCUCAUUGGUUGAAAUUUUGACUUUUGAGACUUCGUACUGCUUUGAAAGGAAAACACCAUAAACGUCUCUCCGAUGGAUAGAAAAAAAGAAAAAGAUUCUUGUUCGAAAGAAGAACUAGAUUGCCACCUCCCUGGCUGGCUGUGAUAGAUUUGGACUACAUGUUCGAAAUAUAUCUUUUCCUAAAAGCUAUUGAUCUUCGUCUAUAAUUCUUUUUAUUUUCACAUUUCCCUAUCUAUCUUCUAUCUUUUCCUAAAAAAGUGAACUAGAUAUAAGCACACAAUUGUAAUCAAACAAAAUGAGUUUGGCUCCUUAAAGCCUAAAGGUAUGAGCCGUUUCAAAUAAAGAAUUUACAAAAAAAAAAAAAUGCAUCAUCUCAUUGACAAUUUUACUAAAACGCAGUCGAAUUUACUAUGCGCAGCCAAAUUGAGCACAUGUUAAAAUAGCUAUGCGUACACGCAGAAAAAAUUAUUUUAGAAACAAUAAGAUUUCGACCAAAAAUAAUAAAAAUUUUGGUUGGGAAAAAGCACAAAUAUAUUUCAGGUCACACUGACUAAAAAUAUCGAUUCAAUUUAAACUUAUCGUUUGAUUCAAAAUAAAAUAUACCCUUUUUGAAAAUGAUCCAUGAUUCUUAUCAGAAUAAUAAAAUUUUGGGUAAAACACACAAAAAUGCAUUGAUUCGAAAGUGCAUCGGGAAUUUUCCGGUGGCUAUCUCGGGUCGGCAUCUGAAAAAUAAAAAAAAAUGUUGGAAAAUUAAUUUCUUUUUGCAGUAGAAUAUCUUUGUUCCCGUGGACGGGUAUGGGCAGUUUUCUGGCAAGUGUAUAAAUAACAAAAUUUUUUUACUAACUUCAUUCGACUUUUUUAUGAAAACCACUGUAAAAAAUGCAUUGGAAAAGUAAAAUAAAAUAACAAAACCGUUUUAUUGAAACCAUCCCCCGUUCUUUUUCUGCGUGUAAGGUAUUAUAAACAACAAAACAUAUUUGACUCAAAAAUAUGGUCGCCUGUUGUUCGUUUAAACCACGGAUUUAGUAAUUUUAGAGCAAGUCCAAUGGUGUUGGGAAAAAGUGGUAGGAAUUUUGACAGCUGUAGCACAGAUGGGAAUUUUUCUAUCGUGAAAUAUAGACCAAAAAUGUUGGCCGUCCACCGGUGUGAUAGAAUACGAAGGUAUAAAAUCGAAAGCAACCAGCGAUGCCAAGUGAAUUUGCUUUUCAGUAAUUUUACUGACUUUUUUUUAUUUUGAAUUCACCGUUUGAAAAUUGAAAACAAAUUCAUUUUACUUGAUCAUUAUCUUGAAAUAGUACCUAGUGUCAAUAUGAAAAUUUUAUUAUUUAUAUGUAUGAACAAGUAUUGUUUAAGUUGCAUUCCAAUAUUAAACUGUAUUCUGCAGGAUUAGGAGUUUUGUGUUGGAGUGCAUUCGAUUACACGAGUUGAUAAAGUUUUUGAACUCUUCCUAAAUCAUUUUCAAAGUGAUAAUUAAGCAAGUGACGUAUAAAAAGUAUAGGUAAUUCAAACACAAGCUGAAUUUUACUCCCGAUUCGACGCCUACGUUUGAUCAGAUUGACACUUGUCGAAUUAACAGCGAGGGUUCCGUUUUCUAAAUAUGAUGGAUCCAUUAAAGGCGGCGUUCCGAACUUGUUAUCGGACAUUCCGUCGGAAUAUCUUUUUCAAAUAAAAAAACGAAACAAUUUCCUACUUCCGAAAACCGCUCAAACAAAACAAACAAGCAGAAUUCAUUUAUUCACCCAGCUAUCUGGCAUCUCUGCGCCUCAAAAUGUAUUUGAUUGGCAAGGGCAUGAAUAAAAUUGGCUGUAAGUUUGAAAGAGUUGAAUAACUUCAUUGCAAUUCGUAUCAAUUUAAGUGAUAAAAGAUUUAAAAAAAAAAGAAAAUAUCACUUUAUGUUUAAAUCCUGAAAUUGCUCAAUUUCCUUUAUUUUCCCCUCAACUGAGGUUUUGAGCAUAAGUUAGAUGGCAGCACCGAAGCGUUUCAUGCACGAAUACUGUAUUGCAACGCCGACUCUAUCACUCGGUUCGGUGUUGCAAAACAUCGUGUUUUUCUAUCACCCUCCGCCAAAAAGUGUUAUACGAUACAAGUUUUGCAGCGCGAAACUGUUCGAAUAUCAGAUUUUCCCAACACCGGUGGACGGCAAAUGUGUUGUGAUGUGAUGUAAACCUUCGAAAUUUCCAACUCCAACUCAACCAGUGAACUUGCUCUUAGAGCAAGUUCAAUGGUGUUGGGAAAAAGUGGUAGAAAUUUUGACGUCUGUAGCACAGAUGGGAAUUUUUCUAUCGUGAAAUAUAGACCAAAAAUGUUGGCCGUCCACCGGUGUGAUAGAAUACGAAGGUAUAAAAUCGAAAGCAAUCAGCGAUGCCAAGAGAAUUUGCUUUUCAGUAAUUUUACUGACUUUUUGUAUUUUGAAUUCACCGUUUGAAAAUUGAAUUCAAAUUCAUUUUACUUGAUCAUUAACUUGAAAUAGUAGUGUCAAUAUGAAAAUUUUAUUAUUUAUAUGUGUGAAUAAGUAUUGUUUAAGUUAUAAUGCAUUCCAAUAUUAAACUAUAUUCUGCAGAUUUAGGUGUUUUGUAUUGGAGUGCAUUUGAUAACACGAGUUGAUCAAGUUUUUUUUAUCUCUUCCAAAAACUUUCAUUUUCAAAGUGAUAAAUAGAAAGUAUAGGUAUUUCAGACACAUUUCUAAUUCCAUGAAAUCGUCAUUCAAAUUAAAAAUAAAAAAACUUUUAUUAAAACCAAAUAACUUCAAAAAAAUAAGUUUGUUUUUAAAAUUAAAAACUAAAUUUUUGUUUUAACUUUGUUUAACUUAUUCAUUUAAGGUAAAAAAAAAGAUUUAGGUAAUCAAUUCUCAUUACAAAACGUAUAAAUUGGAGAAGCUGUAUUAGGUUUGCCAUGAUCGAGACGUCAUUUAGUCUAAUUUAUGACCAUUGCAAAUUUAUGUCUCAAAGCAUAACUAUAUGUUACUGCUUGGAACUGUUGCAUGGGACGAUUGUUCUGCAGUUCACUUAAGAUAAAAAAAAACUCAUGAAAAACGUAUUCAAAUCAUCAGUCAGUUGUUAUUAUAGUUAUUCUAUAGUACUGGUAUUGUAACGUUCUACCAAUGUAGCACACAUGAAAGUGAUUUUGGUAUUUGAAGGACUAUUCGAAUAUGAAGGUUUUACAUAUAAUUUAAAUAAAGAGUUUUUGUUUUGUAGCUUUUCAAACAAACUUAUAUUUCUGGCCGUUUCUUUUCUUGUUCUUUCUUCGAACAUCUAACCAGGUCACACCUGUGGAACUUUUCGAUUGCAGAAUCAUUCCUGCCCGUGUUUGAACAGAGGGAUCAGAGAUCCAACCCAUCGAAAGCCAAACUUGGUGCAUUCCGGCACCACAACCUGAAAUUUGGGAUAUGGGUUUUGAUUUUAAAUAAUUUACCGACUUUUGAGAACACCUACCUGAUACAAACAUUCAAUUUCCGAUAUUUCUUCGUUGGAAUAAGUUUCAAUUUGUCCGGGUUGCGCUGGGACCGAAAAAUUGAUUGGAAGCUGAAUUUUACUCCCGAUACGACGCCUGCGUUUGAUAUAAUGGACACUUGUCAAAUUAACAGCGAGGGUUCCGUGUUCUGAAGAUGAUGGAACCAUUAAAGGCGGCGUUCCGACGGAAUACCUGUUUCAAAUUUAAAAAAAUGAAACACUUUCCUUCUCCCGAAAACCGCUCAAACAAAACAAACAAACCGAAUUUAUUUAUUCACACAGCUAUCUGGCAUCUCUGCCCCUAAAAAUGCAUGAUAGCCCAUUCGAUUGGCAAGGGCAUGAACAAAAUUGGUUGUAAGUUUUAAAGAGUUGAUUUACUUCUUUGCAAUAAGUAUCCAAUCAAGUGAUAAAAGAAUUUUUUUAAAAAGAAAAUACCACUUUAUGUUUAAAUCCUGACAUUGCUAAAUUUCCUUUAUUUUCCCCUCAACUGAGGUUUUCAACAUAAGAAAGAUGGCAGCACCGAAUCGUUUCAUGCACGAAUACUGUAUUGCAACGCCGACUCUAUCACUCGGUUCGGUGUUGCAAAACAUUGCGUUUUUCUAUCACCAUCAGCCAAAAAGUGUUAUACGAUACAAAUUUUGCAGCGCGAAACUUUUCGAAUAUCAGAUUUUCCCAACACCGGUGGACGGCAAAUGUGUUGUGAUGUGAUGUAAACCAUCGAAAUUUCCAACUCCAUCUCAACCAGUGAACUUGCUCUUACUAUGCUUUUUUUUGUGUGUAGUUACUACCGGGGCGUCCUGGAUACACUGUGUUUACUACACCAUUCACGUAAAAUCGAUAUGAUGCAUCGAAAUCUUAGUUUACGUGAAAAAUCCCGUAGAAAUAAUUUCUAAAUUCCUUUGCGUCUAGCUUACAAGCACAAGAAUUGUUUUCAACUGUUUAAUGUCUAUUGCUUCUGAAUCGUUACAUGUGACG